AUGGAAUAUGUGGUUCGCGCAACCACCAUUGACUUCAUUUGUAAGGACCUCGAAGAAACUCCUGCCAGUAACGAAUGCGUGUCUUCUGUGCGUGUCCACGGCAACUUCAUCGCCGGUGACCUCUUAUUCCUUAGUGUACGGAGUGAAGGCGAAAUAGGACUACUCAUCGGAUGCGACGAGCUGUGGAAGUUGGUCUCAGGAGAAGUAAAGAGAUGCCAGAGUGACGGAAGACUGGUUGCAGUAGAAUCCGUUUUUGGAUUGACCUUUCAGGGGCCAACCACGGUGACCAGCUACAGUACUACAGACAGUUCAACUACAGCUGUGUGCAUAUUGAAGGUUGGUGUGGUCACUUCUGGGGACGACAUUCUGAAACGUUUCUGGGAACUGGACAAUCUAGGAAUAUCCCAGGAACCUAACAGUAAACAGGAACACAACGCAGAGGUUCUGGAGGACUUCAUACAUAACUUGGAAAGGAGGAACGGUCGUUAUGAGGUUGCGCUGCAAUGGAAGAUGGGCCUGAGUGCGCUAGAAGAUAACUAUGAAGUUGCUAAAGACCGAUUGCAGAGGUUAAUGAAACGACUGCAGCGAGACAACACCGUAGUGGAGUAUGAUGAAGUUAUCCGAAGUUACAUAAAAAAUGGUCAUGCCGAAGAAGUCAAGGAGGACAACGGAUCCAGUUUAGUUUAUUACAUGCCACACCGAGCUGUCAUCCGGAACAACUCGAGUACAACAAGGGUACGAGUUGUAUUUGACGCCUCGUCACAUGCAGCAUGGGCGUUGUCUCUAAAUGAUCAUUUGGAAAAAGGGCCAAAGCUUAACACCGACUUAGUUGGAGUACUGCUAUGUUUCCGGCUACACAAAGUGGCAUUGACAGCCGAUAUCGAGAAAGCCUUUCUGCAAGCGCGAGUCCGGAGUCAAGACAGAGACGCGUUGAGGUUCCUGUGGUUUUCGGAGGUUCCGACUGCAGACCAUCAGGAUCCACAGUUACAGUGCUGGAGAAUGAAGAGGGUGCCAUUUGGGACGACAGCGAGCCUUUUUCUCUUAACCGCUACCCUGCAGCUUCACUUCAAGUCGUUUCUGGACGUCGAUGAAAGGUUGGCUGAGUAG